AAGACAGGAAGUUACGGCAUUACCUGCAGGGUCUCCGCCAGUCCACAUUUUAGUCGGAGCAAGCGAGAAAGGCGCCAAAAAAAGGGAAGGGAAGGAAAGGAGGGAGCGAAGAAAGGAGGAGUGCGGGUCGCGUCUGCUCUCGGCAGCUGUUCCAGCAGCUUGUUAUUAUUGUUCAAAUUUUUUUGUUGUUGUUGUCCUCGGCUGUGACUUUUCAAAUAUUCCUGUUUGUUUUUUUUUUUUUUUGACAAACUGGUUCAGGUUUUGACCUUAAAUGUGAGAUCUAACUGCUGUAAAAAGUAAACCACAAAAAGAUAAGUGAGAGUGCAGGAGAGAGUGUUGGGAAAAACUACUCUCAAUUACUAUAAUUUUUUUUUUUUUUUCCAUUGAUGAUUUCCAAAGUUCCUUUUUUUUUUCCUUCAAUGUUUUACAACCUUAAUGGGCUGUGAGUAGCAGGAGCUUCCAUUCUCCAACCUUUCAUCGAAGCCUUUUCUUUACGGAGAACGGACUGAUAACCUGGUACCCCUCAAGCACCAACAACUGGCAGCUAUUCUUGUGGAUGUUUUUUUUUUUUUGGGGGGGGGGUAUUUUUUUGGUUGAUUUUUGAGGAGGGGGCGCCCUGUGACCACAAUUUUAAGCACCACUCGGCCUUCUAGUCACCCAAGCCUAACUUAACCUAACCAGCUCAAGCCUCGUCCUGCCUGCUCCGACAUCUCUGGACAGGAUACUCGCUUCUGUGUGGACGUGAGGAAUAUGACUGCUGAGACUCUCAACUUCGGCCCAGAAUGGCUCCGUGCACUGUCCAGUGGGGGGAGUGUGACGUCCCCCCCUCCCUCCCCCGCCAUGCCAAAGUACAAGCUGGCCGACUACCGCUACGGCCGAGAGGAGAUGUUAGCACUUUAUAUCAAAGACAACAAGGUCCCGGAGGACAUGCAGGAUAAGGAAUUUGCUGCUAUUCUGCAAGAUGAGCCCAUGCAGCCGCUGGCACUGGUGCCUCUCACUGAGGAGGAGCAGAGGAACUUCUCCAUGUCCGUGAACAGCGUGGCUGUACUGCGGCUCAUGGGAAAGGGGGUGGGCGGAGCCGCCCCGGCCGGCGCGGCCCGAGGACGCGCCGCCGCGCGAGGCAGCAGAGGCCGGGGCCGCGGGGAAGGUGGAUUCUACCAAAGAAGUAUUGAAGAUGCUGAGGUUGGUUUCGGUCGAAGCUCCAGAGAGAUACAUCGUAGCCAGAGCUGGGACGACCGAGGUGAGCGUCGAUUUGAGAAGCCGCUGCGACGGGAAGGGGGUCGUCCCGGCUUUGAGGAGUCCGCGGGCUCCGGGGGCUCCGGGAGGAAGGAGUACACAAGGGCUGACAGCGAUAACUGGCGCACCCUUCGGGAAGAGCAGGAGGGGGAGGAGGCCGAGCCGGGAAGCAAUUGGAGAGUCGCUGGACCCCGCAGGGAUGAUGGCGGUCCCCGUUCAGCAGGCUGGCGGGAUCACGGCGGUCCAAGUGAGAGUCGUCGUCGCAAGUUCGAUUUUGACUUCGGCGGCUCAGAGAACCCGAGCGGCGGCCGCCGGCGCGCCGGCAGCGAGGGGCCGGAAGACGACAGGGACGGCCUGCCUGAGUGGUGCAUGGACGAGGAGGAUGGCGGAAUGGGAACGUUUGACUCCUCAGGCGCGUUCAUGCCUAUGAAGAAGGGUGGCAAGGAGACAAUCCUGGAGGAGGAGUUGGACUUCAAGGGCAUUGAAAAAGAGGAAGAAGAGGGGAGUGUUCCUGAUGUGGAGAAGAGCAGCAGUGAUGGAGACAAAGACAAGGGUUCAAAGCUUCAUUCCAGUGAGAGUAAAGAAGCCACGUCAGCUGCGGUCGACGGGGAAGCAAAGGCGGCGGCGCCUUCUUCCUCCCCUUCUGCCCAGUGCGCCCCUCCAGCCGUGGAGUCCCAGCAAAGCAGCAGUGGGCCAACAGUGGAGAGCACGCAACUGAGCAUCAGCCACCCUUUAAAGGAUAGUAGCCCAGCAAAUGAAGGAACCAAGACCCAGGUGAGCCCAAACACUGCCUCCUCUUCAGCGCUGCCUCCACCGCCGCCAUCUUCUGCUGCUCCCCUCCUCCCCCAGUCUGGGGUAGGAGACAUUGAGGAUGAUGAGGGCAUGAAACACCUGCAACAGGAGGCAGAGAAGAUGGUGGCGUCGCUGCAAGACACCUCUUUGGAAGAAGAGUGUUUUACGCAGGCGCUGCAACAGCAGCAGCAGCAGGAAAGCAGGAACACCGCAGCCGCUCUCCCUCUGUCGCACGAGGCCGCCAUGAAGUGGUUCUAUAAGGACCCACAGGGAGAGAUUCAGGGUCCAUUUACUACCGUGGAGAUGUGCGAGUGGUUCCAAGCUGGCUACUUUACCAUGACCCUCCUGGUCAAGCGGGGCUGCGACGAGGGCUUCCAACCCCUGGGCGAAGUCAUCAAGAUGUGGGGCCGUGUGCCUUUCGCCCCGGGGCCCUCCCCGCCGCCCCUGCUGGUGAGACAGCCACCACCAACGCAGCGCCCACAGCCCACCCGGGGGCCCGCCGGGACUGUGAGUCAGAGCUCGGCCAACGUAGACGAUGGGAAGGGGUGGAUGCAGAAGGGAGGGAGGAUGGAUAGACAGGCAAUGGGAAACUUGGACCAGGAGCGCCUGAAAAAACAGCAGGAGCUGGCAGCUCUUUAUCAGCAGCUCCAACAGCAGCAGUUAUUCCAGCUCAUUAACCGGUGCAGUGAGCAGGGUAUGAUUCCUUCGAUGAACAGGUCGAUGUCAGUGCCAGAUACAGGGUCCAUGUGGGACAUGCAUACCUCAGCUUCACAGCCGUCAGGUGGUGAAGCCAGUCUUUGGGAUCUAACAAUGAAUCCUUCUACUCAGGGUCCAACUCUGGAACAGCUUCAAAAGCUGCAGCAGGAGCGGCGAGACGCUGAACUCAGGGCGAAGCGAGAGGAGGAGGAGCAACGGAAGCGGAGGGAGGAGAAAAGGAGGCAACAGGAGGCACAAAAGCGAAGGGAGGAUGAGGAGCUUUACAGACGCAAGCAGGAGCUGAUCAUGAAGCUACUGCAGCAGCCCCCCCAGCAGCAGGGGCCGGUGGCAGGCGGCUCCGGCUGGAGCGGGGCUUCUUCCUCCGGGCUCUGCAAAACGGGCAAGUCCCAAACUCUCUCUCUGCUGGAGAUGCAGCAGGAGACCGAAAGGCUCCUGAAGCAGCAGCAGCAGCAACAGCGAGCCCAGCAGCAGAGGGAGCGGCACUCUGGCAUGUCGAUGGGGGGAUCGUCCAUGGGAAGUCAGUGGGUGGACGGCGUGGGCAUCUGGGGAGGACCCGGAGGCAUGGAUGGAAAAGGCGGAAGCGGCGGGAUGGGCAUGUGGGAAGAGGCCGUCAAGAACCAGGCCGGCCUUCGGGGCAACGGCGGCAACAACCUGGGCUUAAAGAACAGCCGCAGCAGCCCUUCACUCAGGUUCGAGCAGUACAUGAUGCGCCGGAAGCGGACGGAUGAGGAGGAGAAUCUGCUGAAGCUGUUGCAGGGCAUGAAGCCCCAGGACGGCUUCACCACCUGGUGCGAGCAGAUGCUGCACGCGCUCAACACCUCUGCCAGCAACUCCUCUUCUCUGGAUGUUGCUACAAUUGUGGCCUACCUGAAGGAGGUGGAGUCUCCCUACGCAGUGUCGGAGUUCAUCCGGUCCUACCUGGGGGACACGGUGGAAGCCAAAGAGUUCGCCAAACAGUUUCUGGAGCGACGUGCCAAACAGAAAGCCAACCAACAGAGACAGCAGCAGCAGCUAUCGAAGGAAGUGGCUGGGCUGAACUCGAUGCGAGGCAUGAACGCGAGCGCCCUGCAGUCCAUGUUCCAGGCCGGCCACAUGGGCAAGACUGGUCUCUAUGACAACCCAGGAGGGAAAAUGAAAAAGAAACAGCCCAUGAUGCUGCACUCUGAUCCCAGCAUCUUAGGCUACUCAUUCCACAGUACAGCAGAGUGUUUGAGCCUGAAUGAGAUGGAGAUGGUGGAGGAUUACUGAUGUGACGCAGCGCAGCAGCAAUAGCUACCUGAGGCCUUCUUGUCUUUUUUUAAUCAGACAAACCUGAUGACGAAUGUGCACUGCUAGGGGGACCCGGGGGAGGGACUGUAAGCAGGGG